AUGCGGUCACCAUCAUCACAAGCCAUUUCCCUUCAGUGCAUCAUGCCUUCAUACGCUCAACUUUCACGAACUGACCAUGUCUGCUGGAUACUUCCCGAAACGUGAGAAAGUUGGUCUUGAGGACCUUUUCAAGGGACUUGUCACGGCCUCCCACAUUCUUCACCGUGAAGAUGUGCUAGAUGCCUACGGGCACAUCUCAGUGCGCAGUCCUGACAACCCUGCAACAUUCUGGAUGCCCUGCAAUAUCUCGCCAGCAUUGAUAAGUACUCCCGAGGAUUUGAUUGAAUACAACGUGGAAGACGCUACGCCAGUAGAGAAGAGCUCAAAGUCUGGGUAUCUGGAAAGACACAUCCACAGCGAGAUCUACAAGCGAUUUCCAGCGAUCAACAGUGUGGUACACAGCCAUUGCAGUGAUGUGCUACCGUAUUGUGUGAGUGGUGUUCCUCUCAAAGCUACCAUACACAUGGCAGGCUUUCUUGGUAAUAAUGUACCUGUCUGGGACGCUGCAUCGCACUACCCCAGCGGAUCGAAGCAUGACCUCCUCGUGCGUGACUCGACUCUAGGUGCAUCGCUAUCUGCAGCCUUCAAACCAGCGACCUCUGCAGGCUUCCUGUAUUCUAAAGUUCGCUCCGCUCUUCCUACCCAAAUCGCAGGCAAUCCUCCAGACCCUUCUCGCGAACCGGAUCAUGCAGUCGUUCUACUGCAGGGGCAUGGAUUUGUCACUGUGGCACACGGAAUCGAAGAAGCUGUAUACCAAGCCAUCUACACUCGGGAAGCUGCAAAGGCGCAAACAGCGGCGUUAACAAUCCGGAAUGCUCACUUCGGCCAUAUUGUCGAAGGCAAGAUCGAUGUCGAAGGAGGAGGGAAAAUCAAAUCUGCAAAGGUCAAAGCUGAAGGCGAUCUCAAGUAUUUGAAAGAGGGCGAAGCUCAUGACGCCUGGGAAUCCAUGCAGGAAACUGUUGCUCGGCCAUGGGCGCUUUGGUGUCGACAGGUGGAAGUCAGCCCGUUGUAUAAGAACGAGUGCCCUGGUGGGGAAGAUUGAAGAGAAUAUGAGGAACUUGGGAAGUACACUUGCCGUUUCCUGGCAUUGAUAGUUAUGCGUUCACUUUUACAUAAUGAUGAUGAAUUACUCCAACAGAAUACAAUACAGUAUACCUCGCGUACUUUGGUGCGACUAUCCUUGCUCUAUCAAAUCCGAACAAGAGAUACAAGAGC